CAACACAACCCGCUAACAAAUCUUGCACGAUGCCGAAAAAUUACGAUGCGGAAAAGAACAAUCCAUGUUUAAAGGAACAGGAACUGUCGUACAAAUGUCUCAGCAAGAACAACUUUGACCAUGGCAAGUGUGAGCUGUAUUAUGCAAACUACAACAAUUGCAAAGAGUUUUGGAACAAAAUCCGUGCUGAUCGACGAGCGAAAGGAAUCGUUCCUUACCUUCCUGAUGUAGCCGACCGGGACAGCAUAAAAGCGGAAUUCAUGAAAACCAAACCAACUUUAUAAGAGUGACCCACAGUCAGGCGGUUGUGAUGAAGGUGUUCGGUUCUGUUUUUACUGUUAGUUUGUAGAAAAUAGAGGAUACAAUUACACUCCCGGUAAAUACACACUAUUUUAGUACGGCGACAC